AUGGUUCUGUGCGUUGUCGUUGGAUGUGGAAGGAAAAGUGGAAAAGGAAACACCCAAGGAUUUUUUCGUAUACCAUCAGUUGUUAAACAUCAAGGCGAAGAGUUCGAAGAUCUCACCACUGAGAGGAGAAAUAGUUGGAUUUCGGCGAUAAGUCGAGACGAUACUGAUACGAAGAACGUCCUGGAAAACGAGCGAGUUUGUGAAUGCCACUUUGUGUCAGGAAGGCCGUCACCGAACUGGGACAAAUUUAACGUCGAUUGGAUACCGACCUUAAACUUAGGUAAACGAAUACACAAACAGAAAGACGUCGAGGCUGCGACAAAAAGAGCCGAGAGAGCAAAGGCUCGAAGGAAAAGAGUCAUUGAACGACAAGAGAAUGAAGCUGCAAGGAAAAAGAAAGCUCUUGGACCAAAGAGGCGAACAGGUUGCUAACAUGGACUUUAGGGAAGCGUCAACGAGUACUUCAUCCGAAAUAGUCGAAGACCAUAGCGGUGAAAUACAGCCUGAAGAGCCUGAUACUCAACAGCCUGAUAUUUCUUCAGCCGCUUGUGCGGCGAUGAAGAAACAAUGGCGGUUGUAUUUCACGACGCUGAAACACAGACAGAAGAAUCUGCCACAUUUCCACCAGUCGACGCUGAAACUCAGACUGAAGAGUUUGAAUAUAUAUUCUCCAGGCCCAGCGGAUAUCAAGCACCCGACCAAGAUUUCUUUCAAUCUGACAACAAGGUCCGUUUUAUACGGGACUGCCAUCAUUUGAGAUUCUAAUGGUUGCUUUUGAACACGUGUCUCCACAUGUCACUCGCAAAACUCACUCCCUCAGCAGAUUUCAGGAAUUUGUCAUGGUCCUGAUGAAACUGCGAUUGAAUGUACCCUUUCAAGAUCUGGCUUACCGUUUCAUGGUAUCUGUGCCCACUGUGUCAAGGAUUUUUUCCUCCUGGCUGGUUGUUAUGGACACCAGGUUGUUUCCUCUUGUUUCCUGGCCAGAUAGGGAGCAGUUAUGGAAAACAAUGCCAAUGUGUUUUCAACAUGCAUUUGGAAGGAAAGUAACUGUAAUCAUUGACUGUUUUGAGGUGUUUAUCGAAAGGCCGUCAAAUCUGUUAGCCAGAGCACAAACAUUUUCAUCGUACAAACACCACAAUACGAUCAAGAUUCUCAUUGGUAUUACACCCCAAGGAACUGUGCCUUUUGUUAGUGAAGCCUGGGGAGGCCGCACCUCUGAUAAGUAUCUGACAGAGCAUUCUGGAUUUCUCGAACAAUUGCUACCAGGAGACAUGGUAAUGGCUGAUAGAGGGUUCACGAUUGCAGAAAGUGUUGGCUUAAAGCAAGCCAAGCUGGUUAUUCCAGCCUUCACAAAGGGGAAAUCCCAGUUGGAUCCGGUUGAUGUGGAAAAAACCAGAGGCAUGGCAAGUGUUCGUAUCCACGUGGAGAGGGUGAUAGGGUUGUUGCGGCGCAAGUAUACCAUUUUGGAAAGCACACUUCCAACAGAUUUCCUUGCUUGCAACCCAAAUGGACCACCUGCAUCACAGAUUCCUAUGAUUGAUCGUAUUGUGAGGGUUUGCUCCGCACUUAUUAACUUAUGCCCACCUAUAAUACCAUUUGACUAG